AUAUUCAUCAUUAAAUGACAGAAGUCAAACCUCCUAGAGAGUCUUUGGUCAAAUACGAAAAUCCCAUUGAAGUCAGCAAUGCCAAUGAUGCCUCCAGGACCUUGUAAGGCAAAAAGAAAGCACAACUCUCACCUUUGGAAUCUAAGCCUAAUACAGAAGUAAAGAGUGCGAUCAGAACUUUUAGGAUAUAUUAAAUGCGAUCCUGCCUCCAAUUGAAUGGGAUCAUGAUGGAAAACAUUAUAUUCAAUAUGUUUCACAUGUCCCAGCUACAAGGGAAGAUGUUGGAAACUUGCAAAAACUAUUGGAUGAGAGAUUGCUGGCAAGAUAGGCUAGGUAGUUAUGGGUUUUAUUAAAUAAUUUUAGAGAGACUGGAAUCUGUCCCAUAAGGGAAGAGUUAUUAAGUUAAUGUUUCGAUGAGAUUAUAAGACAAGUUACAAUUGAUUGUCCAGAGAGAGGUAUUUAUAAUUCCAUCUAACAUAGGAUUAUUAUUAAUGAGAGUGAGGGAUGAGUUGAAAAUGACUAUUGCAGCAUAUUAAACAUUGUACAAUUCCUCUGUUACAUUUGGAAUGAGAAAAUAAUUGUAAGCAGAGAUGGGCAAAAGUGAAUUAGAAGAAAAGAUAGUUUAAUUAGAGUAGAGGAAAUAGAAGUUGGAAGAAAAGGUAUCAAUGUGCAUUAAUAUUCAGAGGAUUGAUUUGCUUAAUAAAAAGGAUUCUUUGGAUAAGAAAAUUAAAGAAAGAAAUUAGAUUGAGGAAUAAAAGAGAAAAUAAGAAAUCGAAUUUCUCAAAUAUUAAGGGUAACAUUUAGAAGCCUUCUUAAAGUCAGUUUAACCUGAGUUGAAGUGA